CGAGCAUGUGGACCCGAAACCGCUUGUAAUGUCAUGCCUUUGCUAUGGUCGGAAGGUAAAUGUUUCCUCCAGUUCUCCUCAGUAACGUAAUGUCCUCCGCUGGUGCUCUUCACCUGCCAUUCAUCCGCCUAUCAAGCCACCUGAGAUGUCGCGACCACGCCUUCCUAGUCUACCGAGGCACGAACAGUCCUAAAAGGUAACAUUUGAAUUAAUUAGUGAUCCAAUUCAGAACUUUGAGUUCUGUCCUUCUGUUGUCCCCCGUAGGAGAGCUCGCCACGGUGAGAAAUGCUCCGUUUCCCCCCGGGGUACCUGCGGUGAUAUGGCCCCCAAUCUGCGCGAGGGUAAUGAAAACGCUGUCAGAGAGGCUGAAGACCAAGAGCAGAUCCGUCUCCUACUUGACGACCACAUCCGCGCAGUUACGGCGCUUAUUCGGCGACUCAACCGGGAUAUUCAGGGUGUCCAGCAGCAGAUGAGAGCUCAGGAUGAAGUGACUCACGGGACCCAAACAAGCGUCCGCAGGAUGGAGUUGCAGCAGCUCGCUGUCCUCAGUGACCUCAGGGCAAGAGUGGGGAGGUGUGAUGACAGCAUUGCCAGGCUGGCAGCUGAUUUCCGCGGCACCAAUGAGAGGAUCUACAGGCUGAUCAGGCAGCAUCACGGCUCCCAAACAUCCAUGGAGGCCAAACUCAGGGACCUGGAAACACAGGUUAGUUUGGUGUGCAGCAAAGCAGCACGAGGAAGCACCCCAGACCAGACCAGCAUACCCUCAGGCAACAUAGAGGACACAAGGUUCAAAGCCCUGUCGGAGGAGCUGAAAGCCCAGAUCACCUCAGCACAGAGCUGUCUGAAGACAGAGCGGGACAGUGUGCUGAGGGGCGCCCUGGACAAGAUCGAGAGCCUGGUGCAGUCCAUGAGGAACAGAAGUAGUGGUAAUGAGAAGGCCAUGCUGGAGAGGUACGGCCUGCUGUCAGAUAAACUGGACAGGCUGGAGGAAACACAGAAGAAGAGAGGACUGCCACAUCCUGACAGGAGCCUGGAGGAGAUGAUUGACAGCCGCGUCAGCCAACUCCAGAAGAAGCUCUGGGAGGAGAUGCAGGCGAUGAGAGCAGAGACUAACAAUGGCUUCACCUUCGUCCAUGACAGCCUGGGCUCUCUCAGGCAGGUCCUGGAGGCCAGGAUGAAGCUCGAGAGGGACCAGCUCCUGAGGCAGAUCAGGCUGAAGGAGGAGAAGGGGACAGGGGAGGAGGAGAAAGACAGCCAGGGCUGACCGCCGCCCUCCUGGAGGAGGGAGGUCCUGGUGCUAUCUACACACGCUCACAAAGGACCUCUGGAAGUGUGUCUAUAGACACACCGUUGCAGGCUCAGA